AUGACAUCCCUCGAAUUGCAACCGGCCUCCUCUAGGGCGGUAGAACAAACCGAACAGAUCGAGAAUUACGGCUCAAAGACCGAUAUUGAUCUGGUCGAGUCUGCAGGCGCUGGACGAGCAGCCACCUAUGAGGAAUCACUGGCGGCUCGUCUCCCCAAAGCCCACAGAGACUAUCUUCUCGAGCGACAUGGUACCUUGAACCUCGAUCCCAUCCCCGGAAUGGGCCCGGCAGACCCUUAUAACUGGCCUGAAUGGAAGAAAAUGGCCAAUCUCAUCCUCGUAGCCUUCCACGCCUGCAUGGGCACAUUUACCGCGGCUGGCAUCAUCCCCGCCUUUGCCGACAUCGCCGCAGAGCUGGGUUGCGGGUUGCAACAGGCGAGUUACCUCACCAGUUUGCAAAUUGCCAUCUUGGGUGGUGCCCCCCUGUUUUGGAAGCCGCUGUCCAACCGCUUCGGACGUCGGCCCAUCUUCCUGCUUUCCUUGAUUUGCAGUCUGGUGUGUAACAUCGGCUGUGCCAAGAGCACCACUUAUGCAUCGCUCGCGGCCUGUCGGGCCCUGGUGGCCUUUUUCAUCUCGCCUGCUUCGGCCAUUGGAAGUGCGGUCGUGAUGGAGACGACCUUUAAGAAGGAUAGAGCGAAGUAUAUGGGUGUCUGGACUUUGAUGAUCACCCUGGGCGUGCCGACUGGCCCGUUCAUCUUUGGCUUCGUCACGUAUCGUGCCGGUUAUCACUGGAUCUUCUGGAUCCUAGCCAUGAUCAAUGGUGGUCAGUUUAUCCUGUAUCUGUUCCUUGGACCGGAGACUCGCUUCGUAGGGAGCGGUGUCGACCGUCCGGUUGCCAACUGGAAGACCGAAUAUCUGUCGCUACGUCGGAUUGAUCCAACUCCUAUGACCGCGUACGAGUUCGUGCACCCCCUGACCAUGGCCCGCCAUCCAUCCAUUGUAAUCCCCGCCAUUGCAUAUGCGAUGGUCUUUUUGUUCGGCAAUAUCCUCGCGACUGUCGAAGUUCCACAACUACUGCAGGAAAAGUUCGGGUUGAACGCAGAGCAGCUGGGUCUACAGUUCCUGGGUCUAAUCAUCGGAUCUGUGAUCGGCGAGCAGAUGGGUGGUGUUCUGUCCGACUUGUGGAUGAGUCGGCGAGGAAAGCGUUUGGGCCGCAACGCAGAGCCCGAAUUCCGACUCUGGCUCAGCUACUUCGGUUUUGCCUUUUCAAUCAUCGGCGUGAUUGUCUUCCUCGUCUGUACGCAAGAAUCAGCCUCCGGCCACUGGAACGUGUCCCCCAUCAUCGGCACGGCCAUCGGAGCGGUCGGAAGCCAGCUGGUCACGACCGUGAUGAUGACUUAUGCCAUAGACUGCUUCCCCCACGAGGCUGGCAGCAUUGGUGUGUUCAUCACCUUUGUCCGGCAGAUUUGGGGAUUCAUCGGACCCUUCUGGUUUACACCUAUGUUCACAAAUGUCGGAGUCGCCCCGAGUGCAGGCAUCGGAGCGGCGCUCAUUGUUGGCGCCAGCGUAAUUCCUACAAUCUUCCUUCAGUGGCGGGGUCGGUUUUGGCGUCAGCAGGACGGGGAGUAA